AUGGAAACAUGGGAAGUCCUAGCAUCGGUAAAAGAAGCAACAAAGGGUCUUGAUUUAAGCUUAGAUUCUCCAUUUAUUAUCAGAUCCGAAGAUCUGCCCAUUCACGUUCUUCGGUUACUACAACAAAAGAAUCGCCGUCAGUUGAAGCACAUCUGUGUGAAGUCUGAGAAGGAUUACUUUCUUUUAGAGGAGUAUGGACCAGGAUUUUGGGUGAAAUGGCCGUACAAUUAUUUUAAUGAGUAUAGCUUACCAGAAAAAAAUGGAGAAAUUGUAGCAUCCCUAGAAAGAGAUAGAGCCAAACGUGAGACAUCGAGAACAUGGAACGAAUUGAAGUUCAAGGAACUCCUUGAUUUUUGGUCAGAAGAAUCAAAGGUCUCACACGAGCUUGAAAAGGACAAAAGUCCUAAACUGGAUAUGAAGCCCCCGAAUAUGAAAGACGAAUCGAGGACUAAUAAAGAUUACUCCGAUCCUAAAGAGUACAUAGAAAGCAAAUAUUACGAUGCUCUCUUCUCCAUACGCACGCCUCUAGCAUACUUUGUCAAGUCGAAUUUAGUAAGACUAAAAAAUACAUGCCGAACGAAAUAUGGGAACGAUAGUUACAAAAUAGCCUACCAAGCCAUCCUGCAGAAGUUUCUUCUGUCAAUUGUGCAAUUUAACAGUAGACACGAUAAUAGAAUUUUGUUAGAGCCUCUUUCGAGUCCCAUAGCGGAUGUAAAAAGAAAGGGUUGUCUCACAAAAUUUAUUAUACAAAUCAAUAAUAAAAAUGAUUCAACUGCUGCUGAUUUAUGUGUCAUAUUAAAAUCUCGAGAGAUAAAACUGCAGGUAAUAUUGUUAUUGGAGAUGAUAGGACUGAACAAUCUAGAUUGGAACUUCAAAGAUUUUGAAAAAAGGUAUAAAUCGAAAUUAAAAAAGAGAUCACUUAAUUUGACGAAAAAGGGAUUGAUUCGUCGAAGGCCGAAGAAGAUCAUUAACGAGCCAGACAAAAAUAUUGCGCAAGCAGCAACCUCUUUGGAUUAUUGUGAGCAGUUAGAUUUGUACUUAGAUAGGGCCUGUAUCCUGGAUAUUUUACUAUCAAGUGAAACACCUAAUCCAGAUGCCAUAAAUGCAACGAAUGGAACAAUACAAGAGCAUAAAAAAAACAUUCUGAAUAGGAAUAAAGAAGCUUCGCUGGUUGGAUUUAUAAAUUAUAUUCUUAUCCCUUACUUUACGAAGAAGGUUCCGCAUGCCGUCGAAUUUAUAAUCCAAAAGCUUAAGGGACCAAGCAUGAGACCAAAAAAAGCUCCUAAAAAGAUCAGCAAUGGUACCAAUGAGACCUCGCAUAGUACAGUGGACGUAUAUAGCAAAUUACCAAUUAACCAGCGUACCUCUCGUUCUUUGAUCAUAAAGUCUGUUCCCUCAUCACCUGCAUUGAGAGGGACAGACUCUCACGUCUUUAAUAGAAUGUCGAAAACGUCUCCUGCCCCUGAACUUUUGAAUUUUAGAACAAACUCCAACUUAAAUGAAUUUCUCGAAAGUGAUACUAGGAGCUUGAAGCGUCCUUUCCAACUAGGAAGAACGAAGUCCGAUCUAGCCAUGAACCACUUACAGAAAAGACAAUUUUCAGUUUCUGACUUAAACACGACAAGAGUACCGAAUCCAUCAGCUGCCCCACUCAAAACAUUCUCACGUACGGCUGUCAGUGCACAUACCAUUACGAAUAAUUCCUUUCGUAGAGUUGGAAAACGUAAAGAUAUUAAUGAAACGGUGCAUUUUAGCGAGAGCAUAAAUUCCGAAGAGAACGUACAAGUUCAGGCUACUCCAGCAUCCAAAAAAAGGACAGCAACACCUAAUAAGAGGGCACAACUACAAAGCAUCGUUGAGUCACCACUAAAUGUCAAGGCUGAUCCGCCAAAAGAUGCUGGAAACUCCCAAAAAAAUAUCUCCCCCAUUGUCCCUGUUUCUAUCAAUACCUCCUCAGAAAAGAGCUCGAAAAGAAAAGUCAGAAGACGUUUAUUUGCGCCUGAGGCAACGUAG